GGGACACAGACUUCUUCAGGCGUAGGUCCUUGGGGGUCUCCUGGUCCAGCCUGGUUUCCCAGCUUCCCCUCUGGCUCCUCUGCUGGCCUCCCCACUUCCUCCUCUCUCCUGGGGAUGGGUUGGGAUCCGAGUAAGGAGAGUGUUGACCACGCCUCCUCUGUUGGCCCCUCCCCCACCCGUGGGCCUCCUGGGGGGUUGGCGCGGCUGCUGCAGGGGGCACUCUGGGCAGCUGGGUGAAGUUCCAGCCUGCCAGCCUCCCCCUGACAGCCCCAGGGCAGGUCUGCCCACCUCACUUGCAGGUUUCUUGUACUGCUCUCCUGCUGUUGUCUGCUGCCCCAUCCCGCCAGGUUUCUGUCCUCCCUCUUCCCUUCCGGGGCUGGUGGCGGUGGGGGGCUGUGCCUGGUGGGCCCUGCGGAGAUGCUCAAUGCCCGGGAUCGUCGGGACUGGCCCCCUGAAGAGGGGGCAGCUGCGGGGCUCCAGGGCUUCACGGUGGAAAAGACCUUCUUCUCCUCCCUCAAAGGCAUCCUUCUGGAAACUGAGCUGCUCCAAACGCUCGGUCCUGCAGGCCCUGACCUUCAUUAUCUUCAUCUGCUUCACGGCCUCCAUCUCUGCCUACAUGGCAGCGGCGCUGCUGGAGUUCUUCAUCACGCUCGCCUUCCUCUUCCUCUACGCUACCCAGUACUACCAGCGCUUCGGGCGGCUGAACUGGCCCUGUCUGGACUUCCUUCGCUGUGUCAGUGCUAUCAUCAUCUUCCUGGUGGUCUCCUUUGCAGCCGUGACCUCCCGGGAUGGAGCUGCCAUUGCUGCUUUUGUUUUUGGCAUCAUCCUGGCUUCUGUCUUUGCCUACGAUGCCUUCAAGAUCUACCAGACUGAGAUGGCACCCAGGGCCACCCAGGGGGACCAGCAGUGACCCAAGAGCUGCCUGGAUCCUGGGCCCAGCCAGACCUCCUCUGGCUUCACUACCCCCAAUGCCAUUGUCCCCUCCCCUGCCCUCAGAGAUGGAUCCUGGCCUGAGAAGUCACAGGGAACUUGUUUGUGGGGUCUGGUGCUCUGAGAGCUGGCUCCUGAUGAAGCUUGGCUAGGAAGGAGGUGCUAUGGGGGGCAGAAGCAAGCCAUUCAUUCCCAAAUUAAAAGAUUUGAAUACUAUUGGUA